AUGAGCUUAACUGCACACUUCUAUCCUAAUCGUUCUUUUUCCCAUUUACCUCUCCGUCGUAAAUUCUCACUAUCUGCCCCCCAUCAGCACGGCUUGCCAUCACCUCUCGUUCCCACCUCGUGCAGUCCUCCUGACCUCUAUCAUACACAAACGACUCCCUUCGCCAUAGUCGAGCGUAUUGACUCUGCUGUCGGGCAAGAUCUCCUAUUCUCCACCUUUCAGGAUUGGCACACGGUCAGGCAGCAGACCCUUCAGCAUCACCUUCAUCACCAACACGAGAAUUCAUCAGGCCCGCCCAACCCCGCAGACACUCCACCCCUUCUGGCAACAAGCUUGACCACGAGUUCGUCCCGAGUCGAGAUGACGACUCCGGCCACAGGCAAAACAUGUCGCUCGGGCGCCUCAAUAGUUCCCCAGAGCGGACUCCCUUUCGAGAUGGAGGAGACAGAAGAAGAAGAAGAAGAAGAAGAAGAAGAAGACGGUGAGGAGGAAGAGGAGGACGACGACGGUGAGGAGGAAGAAGAGGAGGGAGAAGACGAAGAUGACGAAGACGAUGAGGAUGAGGAAGAAGAAGAAGGAGAAGAAGAAGAAGAUGAUGAAGGGCGGAAGAGAGAGAUGGGACUUCAUGGAGCAAUGCAAGGCUGUCCGUUGGGUAGGAGAGGGGCGAUGAAGAGGAUGGGAUAUGUCGAUGAAGACGAGAAGGCAGAUGAGGACGGCCGAUGUGAAAGGGGGAAAUCUGUGAAAGCUAAACUCCUAGGCUCGAGGCCGGAUGAGAUAAAGCCGAGCUGUGUGGAGCGCCGAAGAGGCGAUCGCUGGCAGUCAGGACAGAGCCUGGUCCCUUUGCGACGAGUGAAGAAACCGUCGAGCCGAGGACGAGGUCUUCGGCUACGCCAGCGGCUGGCCAGACAAGCUCUGUUGAAUGAACGUCCUCAGGCCAGUUCGGUUGACGAGCCGAAAGCCGACUGGCUGGGCGAGAAUUUCGACUCCCUGUUCGGCCUACACGACGCAUCGGACGUCCCGAUUUUCCCCUCCAGAAGGUCGUUGCUGAGCGGAGCCGGAGAUACCGCGUUGACCGAGGAUUGUCCCGUUGAGGCUGCCGGAAGAGGCAACAUCGACGGCCGACCGGAGCGCAGACAGGCCGGUUGGAUGGAGACGAUGCUGGGUCUGGUGACCGAGACGAACGGUCAACAUCGCCUCUGCCAAGCCGACAAGACUCAGGCCGGGCGAGUGGCGAAGAUGCGACCGAGCCUUGAUCGGCUCGAGGUCGUCCUGCCGACACACGACCUCGACAACGAGCUUGCCUCUUAUGAUCCCUUGGUUGCCUGCGGUGAUGGAGAAGAGGAUGUAGAAGAAAAUGUAGAAGAAGAUGGAGAAAAGGAUGGAGAUGAUGAUGGAGAUGAGGAUAAAGAAGAGGAUGGAGAAGAGGAUGGAGAAGAGGAUGGAGAAGAGGAUGGAGAAGAGGAUGGAGAAGAGGAUGGAGAAGAGGAUGGCGAAGAGGAUGGAGAAGAGGAUGGAGAAGAGGAUGGAGAAGAGGAUGGAGAAGAGGAUGGAGAAGAGGAU